CCAAGCUCGUGAGUUUGCCCGACUCUUCCACUUCAUCUUCUCCAAUCUCCAUUUUUGUUUCCCCCUUACCUUCUCAAUCAAUGACGAUGUUAAAGCUAUUCUUCAAUGUUUUGUACCACCUCCCCCUUGAUAUUUCUCCUUUAUUAAACUCUCUCUCUCUAAACCUAGAUUCAUCCUAAAUAAAAAAAAAAUUACUCUGCAGAAACUACAUCCAUGACAAUGAAAUCCACCACGAAGUAUCAGCUUACCACCGGCAAAUCUCCCGUAGCCGUCUAUUUCAACAAAAUCUCACCAGGACCAGCUGAGUCACAGCUUCGAUUUCGGAAUAAAGUCGGCCAGGUAUGUGAUACGGAGAAUGGUACAGUCCGUUGCCGCUGCGAGAACUCUGCGAUGCUAAGUGAGAGGAAGAAUGUUAAUCUCCCAGGUGUUGUUGUGGACCUCCCAACUCUAACUGAGAAAGACAAAGAAGACAUCAUGAAGUGGGGAGUCCCGAAUCAGAUCGAUAUGAUCGCUUUGUCUUUUGUCAGAAAAGGUUCGGACUUGGUUCAGGUCAGGAAACUGUUAAGAGAUCAUGCCAAGAACAUUCUUCUCAUGUCAAAGGUUGAGAACCAAGAAGGUGUGGCGAACUUCGAUGACAUUCUGGUCAACUCUGACGCGUUCAUGAUUGCAAGAGGAGAUCUCGGCAUGGAGAUUCCUAUUGAGAAGAUCUUCUUAGCUCAGAAAGUGAUGAUCUACAAAUGCAACAUCCAGGGCAAACCAGUGGUGACAGCGAUACAGAUGCUCGAGUCCAUGAUCAAAUCCCCUCGACCCACAAGAGCUGAAGCAACCGACGUUGCAAACGCGGUCCUUGAUGGCACGGACUGCGUCAUGCUCAGCGGCGAGACCGCAGCUGGAGCUUACCCUGAGCUAGCUGUACGCAUGAUGGCCAAGAUCUGCGUUGAAGCCAAGAGCACGCUUGACUACGGAGACGUCUUCAAGAGGAUCAUGCAGUACUCUCCGGUUCCAAUGUCCCCGCUGGAGUCACUGGCCUCCUCUGCGGUCAGAACGGCUAACUCGGCUAGAGCCAUGCUCAUCAUGGUCCUAACCAGGGGAGGAAGCACAGCGAGGCUUGUGGCUAAGUACAGACCAGGGAUGCCUAUUUUAUCUGUCGUUGUUCCCGGGAUGAAAAUCGACUUCUUUGACUGGUCUUGCAGCGACGAAUCGCCCGCGAGGCACAGUCUCAUCUUCCGUAGGUUGAUCCCGGUGCUGUACGCAGGGUCUGCUAGAGCCUCGCAUGAUGAGUCCACAGAAGAAGCUAUUCAGUUUGCGACUUAGCAUGGGAAAGAGAAGCAGCUGUGUUAGACUGGAGACUCUGUUGUUGCUCUGCUCCGUGUUGGUAAUGCUUCCCUAAUCAAGAUCUUGACCGUCAAGUGAUGAUUGAUGAUUCACGAUCUUUAAAAAGAAGUCCCGUUUUUGGCGUUUGGCGGUUGUGGGAAACACAACUAUAAUCGGUUUUUGUUAUGAAUUUUCCAAUUCAAGAUUGUGAUUACAUAUCUUGAGAUAGGAAACUCAAGUUCUCUUUCUUGCUAAUUACAACUACUGUGGUGACCAGUGAAUCCACUUACGUCUCUCUUUGUUUUGGAUUAUUGGUUGUAUGGAACUAAUCAAUCAUACAUGUAUCUAUUAUCAUGAUUUUCUUCUUUUUU